AUGAAAAAUAAAUAUGGAUAGGCUCAACUUAUCAACAAGUAAAUUAUGAGGGUGGUUGGAAAUGGUGCUCUAAAUACAUCAGCCACAAAAACAAAAAAAAAAGAAUUCUAAUUUCAGCAAAUAGAUCAGUUAUAGCAAAAAAAAACUUUGAUGACAUAGGCAAAUUUAUAGAAGAAGAAAGAUAUUGCCGCUAAGAAAAUAUUUAGAUUUUUGUAUAAAAUUUAUAAAUAGUAUUAUUUGAAUAAACAUUUAUUUUUAGAAAAGAGAAAUAACAUAGAUAUCGAAAAUUUGUGAUUGAAGAGUUCAUAAAUACAGAAAGAAAUUAUGUAAAUGAUUUGAAAAUACUAAUUGUUAUCUAAAGUUAAGUUAAGCAAUGGUUAAAUAAACAAUAAAUUGAAAUAAUCUUUAAUAAUGUCCAAUAAUUGUACGAAUUAAAUAGCCCUUUUCUACAAGAUUUAGAAGGAUUUCUACCAUAUAAAAGAUUCAAAUUAUUAGGACCGAAAAUCAAAGGAUUAGCUCCUUUUUUUAAAGUUUAUUUUACAUAUUAUGAAGGAUUCAAUAAAUCUAUGGCAACCCUUAAAUAAUGCACAAAUGAUAAAGAGGAUUUCAGAAAAUUCCUAAAAAGUAUGCCAUCAAUCAAAGACUAUAAUAAUUAGGACAUUGAGAGUUAUUUAAUUAAACCUGUUUAACGAAUACCCAAGUAUAAUUUACUAUUAGAAGAUAUAAUAAAAAAUACUGAAAAAACUCAUCCAGAUUAUAAAAAUUUAUGUGAAUGCUUAGAGUUAUUUAAAAAAAUUAAUGAUGACAAUAAUAAAAAUAUGGAUUAAUUUUUAUCAAGUAAGUUAUUUGACAUGGAAAAAUGGUUUGGAAAUAAACUGAAUUAGAAAUUAGUAGAUUCUAAAAGAAAAUACAUUACUGAACUUUUAACAUCUAUUUUAGAUUAAAAUAAUAAAGUUAUAAAUGUCACAGCUUUUGUCCUUAGUGAUUUAAUCAUUAUUGGUGAAAGAUAGGAUAAUCAAUAUCUGUAUAUCUAGAGUGUAUUUUUAGAUGAACAAAGUGGAUGCUUAGAUGUUGAGAAUUAAUAACAUCUUUAAAAUAUAUACAUUUUAUAAGGAAUGAAAGGGUAAUCAAUUACUUUCAUUGAGCAGACCCUAAAUGAUAAAAUUGAGAAAAUGGAUAAAUUACAAAAAAUAAUCCAAGAAUGCAAAGAGAAAUCUAAAUAUACAUUUUAAAGACUAGCAUCUCGUCAAGGGUCUUAAUAAUAAAUUUAACUUAAUAAAAUUAAAGUAACAGCUUUAGGUAUUGAUGAAAGACGUGAGAAUUUAAGUAGUUAUAAAGUAUAUAUAAUUGAAGUUGGAAUUGAUGAGGUUUUUUAAAAACUUUUUUUAAGAUUUAGUUAAUGCAUUAAGAUCUAGGAUUAUAUUAAAAAAAAAUACCCAACUAACUAAAUACAUCUCUUAAAAUAAAGUACUACUUUAAGUCUAUUGAAUGAUUAAAAAGAAAUUGAAUCAAGAAUGAUAGCCAUUCCUCUGUUUGUUAAAUCAGUUCUAAUGUCUGAUAUAACAAGAUAAGAUUCAUAAAUUUUGAAAGAUCUAGGUUUACCUGAGAAUUUUUUUGAUUUGCCUUUUGAGGCUGAUAAGUUUAGAAAUCAAAGAAAUAGCACUCAAAAAGGACCUGAUAGAUUCAGUUAUGUUUCUCCAACUCGAACUCUAAUUAAAACAGUUGACUAUGGGAAUGAUUAACAAUCUCUACAGAAUAAUUAAUGUAAUCGAAGAUUAUUAAGUGCAUCCUCUAUGAUAAGUAGAAAUAUAACAUUAGUGGAAGAACAGAAAAAGAAAAAAGAGAAGGAUGCAAUUUAAAUUAUAGUAAAUCAUUCUAUACCUAAAGAAAAACCAUGGGAGUUCAAUAUUCAAAAUAAUACUAAAGUGUUGCAUGUAUUAGAUUAAAUUUAGAAGAUAAUGUAAUUACAACAAAUAUAUGACUUUAAAUUAUACAUAUUUGACAAUAAAUCUCGAGUGAAAAUAUUGCAAAAUGAUGAAAAUAUCUGUGAUUUGUUUGUAGAUAGUUUUAUUUUUGCUAAAAAAAAAAAAGAAUUAUGGUUCAAAAAAAUCCUAUAUUAGGAUAUAGAAUAUGAGAAAUCCUUGUUAUAUGCUGAUAGCGUUAGAAUGAAACUUUUAUAUUAUUAAUUAGUUAAGGAUAUCUAAAUUUCCACAUUAAUAUUUCCAACUUAAAAUUAAUAUAUUAAAUUAGCAGCCAUUCAUUUGUAUUUAUAGAAUUGCAAUCUCUCAUUUGAUAUAAUAUAAUAAAUCAUCCCAGCCUCUAUUUUAUAGCUUAGAUAAAGAGAGUAUUGGAAUUGUGUUGUAACCCAAGAAUUUAAGGAAUUUAAGGCAAGUAUUGAAAACUCAUAAUCUGCAUUUAUUCAAAAUAAUUAAACUGAAGUAAUGGCUCAAUUUAAAUCAAAAGGCAUAUUUUCAUCUAUGAUUCAAUCUAACCAAACCAAAUUCUCCUAAGUUGUUAACAUUAAUGUUGAUUCAACAAAAGCAAUGAAUUAUUUUAUUUCAGAAUGUUUGAAAAAUGAAUUCUGCAUUUAACAGUUAUUUCAAAUUGUUUGCAAAGAAGCUUUGUCAUAAUUUGGAGAAUAAAAUUUAGUUCUUGGUAUUGGUUAUCAAGGUAUUCGACUCUAUAGCAGUUCUAAGGAUAGAAUUUGGGAAAAAAUUGAUAAACCCUAAUCUUUUAAUGUUUAUCCAGGAUCUAUCGAAAUUGGAUUUUAAGGAAGAAAGCUUAAGUUUGAAACCAAUUAAGGAUUUCAAAUCUAGUCUUUGUUUGAUGAAUAUUAAGCAAUCAAAUCUUAGAGUUAAGAAUGA